AUGCAAGAAAGCAAGAAAUUUGAUGUGGCUGUUGUGGGUGGUGGAGUUGUAGGCUGUGCUAUUCUUCAUGAGUUCACGUCUUUGGGGCUCAGUUGCAUUCUGUGCGAAAAAGAGGAGAAUCUUGUGAGUGGUGCCAGCUCGGGAAACAGUGGUACACUUCACACAGGAUUCGAUGCACCACUCGACAGUCUAGAGUUACGCUGUCUUCAGCGUGCACGAGAUUUGAACGAGAGCUUUUUCUCCAACAACAACAUCCCUUACCGGAAAUCUGGCGGUUUUAUUGUUGCUUGGAAUGAAAACGACCUCGAUAAGCUACCUGAGCUAGUCGCCAAAGCUCACAAAGCUGGCGUUACUGACGUCAGGCAAGUAACAGCUAAUGAGCUACUCGAGAAGGAACCUCAGUUGAGUCACAAAGCAUUAGGUGCUGUCUACGUACCAGGGGAAAGUUUAGUCGAUCCUUGGAAGGUUCCCAUUACCUUAGCUAACAUAGCUACGACUCGCAAUGCAACUAUUUUAACAAGCUGUCACGUGACUGGUGGAAAGAGGCAAAAGAAUCAUUGGCAGCUGUCAACUUCCAAAGGACCAAUCACUGCUUCAGUUGUUAUCAACUGUGCUGGUUUAUUUGGUGAUGAAUUGGAAACAAUACACAGACAAAGUCCAUUCACAAUAAAACCUCGAAAGGGACAAUACGCAGUUUUCAGCAAGUCGGCAGGCAGACUUUUGAAUUCUAUUAUCUUCCCUGUUCCAACGCCAAAGACAAAGGGUGUUCUUGUCUUUCCAACGGUUUAUGGCAAUAUUGUGGUUGGACCAACUGCAGAGGACCAAUUAGAUCGUAACAAUGCCGAAAUCAAUGAGGCAGUUAUUGAAAGCUUGGUAACCCAUGCACACACCAUUCUACCUUCCCUCAAAGAACAUGCUGUUAUUGGCACCUAUGCAGGUUUGCGACCUGCCACAGAGUUUAAAGAUUACUGCAUUGACUGUCAUCCAGGGGAAGGGUGGAUCACAGUUGGCGGCAUUCGCUCAACAGGUCUGUCUGCUUGUCUUGGGAUUGCUAAGCAUGUGGCAUCAUAUUUACCAUCUUUUGGAUUUAAAAAUUGUAAUAACCCACCUGUAACUGGUCUGACAGUAGCUGAUAAGGACUGGAAGAUCACUCAUCCUAUUACAAAGUUUGGAUUGUUGACUGAUGAUCACAAAAUAGAUGACUAA